AUGCGUCGUCGAGGGCUUCCGUCAGUUCGCGAAGAGGCCAGUGCAAAGUCAUGGCGCAGUGAAAACGAUUGGGCUAUAUAUGCUCUCGUGGCGGCAGUCGGGGCUUUGACUUACACCAAUAGUUUGAAUGGUGAAUUCGUGCAUGACGACAUCCCAGCCAUCGUGUCUAAUCGGGACGUGAACGGAGAGAAUCCCGUUACGAGGAUCUUCAAGGAUGAUUUCUGGGGAACGCCCAUGGCCGAGCCGCACAGCCACAAGUCCUACAGACCUCUGACUACGUUGACGUUCAGCGGCGACAUAUUGGCAUGGGCUGCGGUUCCAAUUCCCACAAGAAAAACUCCAUUAUUACGAAGACGAAAAGCGUCACACGCCGCCAAACUCCAUCUCGCAAAUCUUAUCCCGUAA